UCCCACUGCCCUGUACCUAGAUAGCUAUAGACCGUCGUCAUUCCAACUUGAAGACCGACGUCCUUGAAUUAGCUCAUGCUAUAGCACUCCUCAGGGCAAUCCUGCCCCCCCCAAUGCCUCCGUAAAGGUGCUCCUUAUCCGAAUAAAUGGCUCCAUCACAGAAUAUAGGACCAGCUCGCGCAGCUGCCCGAACACCCAUCUCACGACCUUCGUUCGAUAUCACACCCGAUUUCACCGACCCAUCCUUUGACCCCGCUGAAUUCCUGAAUGAUGUCCUCCCUCCGCUGACGCUGGCGUCACCGCAAUCCUACACCCCUCGGGGCUCGACGGCCGUUUCCCUUGCCGAGUUAUCGACCCAAGUGCAAUCGAUUCUUACACAGAUAAACGCGCAGAAUGUUCGACUCUCAAAUAAUCUGACUCAGCUGACUGAUGAAAUUUUACGGAGUGGCAAUCGCCUCGCCUACGAAGUUGAAGUUCUGCGCGGCGAAGCAAUCGGGCUGUCCGAGACCCUGACGGAAGCCUUACGAGAUGAUAUUGCGAGGUUCGUUCCGGAUACCGUAGAAUCGAACCGGGAGGGCAAUCCGGAAUCAGAAGACGGCGGAGAAGAAACGCAGGCAGUAGAUAAUGGAGAGGAGACUGUCCAGGAUCCCGAAUUUAUCACGAAGCUACGAACCCUGAACCAAGUACGAGCCCGCCUGGAAGAAGUUGUCCAGACUUUUGGAGAUUCUAUGGAAUGGCCGCUACCGCCGUCUGAGACUUCAUUGACGUCGUCUUUCAUUUCCGUUUCAGCCCCAGAACCAGGCUCAGAGGCUCAGAGUCAAGAGGAGAAGGGCCAGGAGGUUGCGAAGAAGCUGCGCACCGAAGUGACGGAGCUUCUCGAUAGCAAUGGUGGAAGGGAAGAAGGGUUGGAAGCUGCUACAAGGCGGGUUGAGACUCUACGAGUGCUGGCGACCGUGUGGAAAGGAACCGCAGAGGAGAAGGCGCGAACUAGGUUUGUGGAUAGUUUGGCGAAGAUGAUCGAUGACCGGCGGCGGACGCUGGAGAACCAGAGUAAAAUCAAUUCAUCUCAGCAACAGGGGAAGCCACCAGUUGGCCAUCGGCGCCAGGAAAGUGAAGGGCCGGGAGGUGGUAUCUUCAAAAAUCUGCAGCGACUACGGGAGGAGAUCUAUCUUGAAUGAUAGGUUGCAUUUUUUUUU